AUGACUACUAGCAGCUCCAGCUCAUGGGUUUUUAAAGCAAUUAUGAAGCAGAGAGAUGUUAUUGAGAAACAUCACAUGUGGAGCACAAUUCUGAAUGCAGAGAAGGUAAAGAUCAGAGAUAUUUACAUGAAUCUUAUCCAAGAUCAAACUCCCAAACCGUGGAGGAGGAUUUUGUACGACAACGGAGCCCGGCCUCGCGCAAAGUUUAUCUUAUGGCUAGCUUGCCAUGGGAAGCUGGAAACAAAAGAAAGGUUAAAGCGUUUUGGCAUUAUGGAUGAUGAUACAUGCAGCCUAUGCAGUGCACAAGAGACUCAAAAUCACUUGUUUUUUGAAUGUGAUGAAAUGAAAAGUAUGUUGAAACAGGUUUUGUCUUGGAUAAAGGUGCAACAUUCUCCUGGUAUUUGGGAUGAAGAAAUUAACUGGCUCAGAUUGAAUGCUAAAGGAAAGGGGUGGAAAGCGAAAGUUCUGAAAAUAGCUUAUACGGAAACAAUCUAUAAUUGUUGGUUAUACCGGAAUGAUAGAUGUUUUGGGAACAUUGAUAGUAAUAGAGGUAUAGUGGAUAGAAUUAUAGAUACGAUUAUAUACCGGGCAUGGUUAAAUCCUAAGCUAAGACAUCAUGUUAGUGUGUUCAUGAUGCCUUGA